AUGGCUUCCUCUGGAGAAGAUGAGAUUGUGCUGAGCGUAUCUCCUUCAUCUGCAGGAAAGACACCAGAUACGCCCUCGCAAUCGGAGGAUAAAAAGCUGGAGGAAGCAAAGAAGGAAAAACCAGUAGUUGAAGAGGCAAAGGUUGAAGAGGAAAAGAAGGUCGAAUCCGUGCCUGUUCCUGUGGUCGAAGAAAAGAAAGAAGAACCAGAAGUUGAAGAGGAAAAGAAGGAAGAGAAACCUGCCGAAUCAGCUCCUGUGCUUGUGGUUGAAGAAGAAAAGUCAGUAGUUGAAAAGAAAGAAGAAGAACCAGUGGUUGAAGAGAAGAAGGUUGAAGAAGUAAAGAAGGAAGAACCAGUGAUCGAAGAAGAGAAGAAGGUCGAAUCGGUGCCUGUUCCUGUAGUCGAAGAAAAGAAAGAGGAGCCAGUAGUUGAAGAAGAGAAGAAGGUUGAAGAGGAAAAGAAGGUCGAAUCGGUGCCUGUUCCUGUAGUCGAAGAGAAGAAGGAAGAGAAGAAGGAAGAGAAACCUGUCGAAUCAGCUCCUGUUCCUGUGGUUGAAGAAGAAAAGAUUGAGAAGCCAGUGGAUAAAGAAACGAAAGAAGAAGUAGUUGAAGAGGAAAGGAAGGAAGAAGAAGAGAAGAAGGUCAAUUCUGUGCCUGUACCUGUGGUUGAAGAGAAGGUAGAAAAGGUUGAAGAAGUAAAGAAAGAAGAAGAGCCUGCGAUUAAAGAACCAGUAGUUGAAGAAGAAGCAAAGGUUGAAGAGGAAAAGAAGGAAGAGAAGAAGGUCGAAUCAGCUCCUGUGCUUGUGGUUGAAGAAGAGAAGAAGGUUGAAGAAGAAAAGAAGGAAGAAGAGCCUGUGAUUGAUGAAGAGAAGAAGGUCGAAUCAGCUCCUGUGCUUGUGGUUGAAGAAGAGAAGAAGGUUGAAGAAGUAAAGAAAGAAGAAGAGCCUGCGAUUAACGAAGAGAAGAAGGUCAAAGAAGAACCGUCGGCUGAAGAGAAACCUGUCGAAUCAAUCCCUGUUGUUUCGGAAGCUCCCAAACCCUUCGACGAUCUGACCCUUUCCCUCUCGGAUAAGGUCAUAAACCCGACCGAGAUCCCCAUGUCCUACAAGCUGGCUUCCUCCCCCGAUAGCACCUCCAACCUCCCCAUCAACCCAAUCGUCAACAGCGCCAAACCCGUCCACAUCGGAUCGGAGAUCUACAAGGAAGGCAAGCAGAACGACGAUUCGUUCCCUGCCAACUUAAGCAGUGAGAUCGGGUUUUCGGAAGAAGGCUUCAAUCUCCCGGACCAAGUCACGGAGAUCAGUCCGCUCCCCUCUGUCCCGAAUAGACCGCCACCUCCGAAAAGGAGACCCAGAGCAAGGCGGCUCCAGCCGAGGCUUCCGCUGCUCCAUCUUCACAACCUCCGACCAAGCCCGUUUUUGUCGAGACGAACCCGCUUUUAA